AUGGGGGAAAGAAAUGCUGCGUGUCCCACACAAGCGAAGACAGUGAGUGCAGCCCCUGCUGCCGCUGCUGAGGAGGCGGCUGACACCCCCAAGCCAGUUCUGCAGCCUCUGCUUUCACUCAUACGUGGCGGGCUUGAGCAGGUGGACUCCAGAGCUCUUCCCCUCUGGCUCCAUCAGGUAGCAGAGUCCUAUUUCCAGGAAGAAGACUAUGAGAAAGCAAUGAAAUUCAUUCAGCUGGAACGGCUGUAUCAUGAGCAACUGCUUGCAAAUCUUUCUGCCAUACAAGAGCAAUGGGAAAUGAAAUGGAAAAGUGUACAGUCACAGACAGUUACACCUCUAAGGAAUUCAGAAAAAGGACUUGAUGGUGAAGAUUUUGAACAGCUUGCUAAACUUUGUACAACUCAUCAAGACCCUCAUUUACCCAAACAUAAGAUCGCAGCUGUUGAAAAGUACCUUGAAAGGAAAUGGUCCACACAGCUAACAGUGUCUGAAGAUACAAAGGAAAGAGGAACCACAGCCAAAGAGUCGGGUGCGAAGGAAGAGAGUGAAACUUGUUCUGGCUUGGAACCAUGUCAAGAGAAGCAGCAUGAGAAGGCUCCGCGGGAGAGUAGCUCUGGCUGCAAUCCAGUGGACGCCCAGGCACAGGCCCAGGGCCUCCCAGUGACUACAGGAAAGGGCCACACGGAGGAGCCGCUGUGCAGCCAGGAAGCCACGCUGGAGCGCCACACCCAGGCCGCAGCGUCAGCAGGCAGCAGGUCAGGGCCAGAUGUUCCCUGGGCAGCCGCUGCCCAUGCUGGCUCCUUGCAGGCGGCUCACACAGAGGACCACCCAGAAGUGGCCGAAGGGGGGGCCAUUGCUGCUGGCCCUGAGGAAGAGCCACCUAGUGAGUCGUUGAUAAAGCCGCUGGGCCCCCCGGGCUGCGACCACGCCCCUCCUAGCCUGGUUUCACAGGCUCGCAGACCAGAGCUCCACCUGCCACUUCAGGGUGCUUCUGAGGCGUCGUCCAGGGCUCCGCUGGAGAACAAUGCACUAAAUGAACUGCGGGAGUCUGAUCAGGCAGACAGCGAUGGAAAAUCACCACAGAGUCAGAGUGCCUCAGAGACUGGCUCUGAGAAUGCACCUUGUCAAAAUAAGAAACUAUGUGACUUAAGUGCUCAGCUUCCAGAAGUGUACAUGGCCCCAGAGGACAAGGGGGGUGAGGAUGACCAAGUGAAUAAGGAAACCGAAGACUAUUUGAACGGCCUCUUGGGGUGCCUAAAAGACACCAAGGACUCUGUUUCCUAUGAGGACAACCAAGACGACGACUCUGAUCUUCAAGACCUUUCUCCUGAAGAGGCGUCGUAUACACUCCCGGAGAGCCUGCCUGCCGAUGACAGCUGUCUCUCUCUGGAUGAUCUGGCCAAAAGGAUAGAGAUCGCAGAGGUUGUCCCGGCGGAGGGGCUGGUCUCCAUACUGAAGAAGAGGACCGACUCUGUAGGACAGCGCCCUGCCCAAAUGCCGCAGAGGCCGUCUAAGCGAAGAGUGAGGUUCCAGGAAGCAGAAGACCACCUGGGUCCAGAUGAAGCUGGAGGCGGCUCCUGUAUCUUACUGCUCCUGCUGUGUAUAGCCACGGUGUUGCUCAGCAUGGGUGGCACAGCGCUCUACUGCACUUUUGGUGACGUGGAGUCGCCUGUCUGUACGGACUUUGCAGACAACAUGGACUUCUAUUACACCAAGCUCCUUCAGGGAAUGGCAGAAGUCAAACAUUGGAUCUACCUCUCCUAGGACCGGUCAGCAGGGACAGGCUUGCUGGCCGUGAGAAUGAAAUGCAAAACUUCCUGAACAGCUUUUGUUUCAGUUCUGAAAUGCUCCCUUCCCCAGGACGUCAGAAAGAGCGGCUGGGAAGGGCGAUCCGAAGGGCCUGAGAAUGGCCGCGUGAGGACAGGAGUGGUGCGUGGGACACAGGCCUGCCGCCGGCUGCCCUGGGCUGCGGGGCACUGCGCGCAAGUGGCCGCACUGCGCUCAGACCCCUGGUCAGUGGCGUCCACGACCUUCUACUCAUUUGUUGGUUGUAGCUGUCACUUCACUUUCUCACGCAAUAAGCUGGUAUGUCACCAAAAAGUUACCUUAUGGUUUCAGUGUCAUCUUUUAGUUAGCCUUGGAAGCUGUGUAAUUUUGGCUUUUGCAUUGUUCCAGACUUCAUUCUCCAUUUGUAAAAUGGCUGUGUGUAUGGGUGUCCGUAUGUACACCUGUGCGUGGGCUUCAGUUCCUAUAAGCAAAUAUUGAGCCCAUAGUAACAAAGAUUAUUCUUUUAACUUGACUAUGAUGUGCAGGCACAAAUCUUUGAAGAAGGCUUAGAUGAACUAUAGAAAUAGUGGCCCCAACAUGAGAAACAGACAGAUGUGUGGCAGUUAACUUGACUGAUGUGCCAAGAAUUAACCAUAGGCCUGAAGGCAAGAUUAAGGAGUUCCCUGAGUCCCAGGCAGGAAUCCCCCUUGGACUCCACAUGACACCCUGAGUGCUGGACCCUUUUCCACCCAGCAAACCACUCACUGAGCACCUAGUGUGUUCUGAGACUCUGCGGACUGGAAUACCACCAUGGGUAGGAUAAAAUUCACACUGGAUGUCCACAUAAAAGAAACCAGGGCUUCAGCAAGUGAAAUCAAACCACCAUCUGUAAUUCAGUUUUGCAGAUCUCUAAUCUGCUUGAUGUGCAUUCUAUCGUGGUUUGAUUUAGACCCUAGUUGGCGGUCUAAGCAGAAAUUCAAUUAUACCUUAUUCACAUAGGCCAGUAUCGCUUUAUUUAAAUUCCUCAUUCAGCAGCCUUUCCUUCCGUAAGGUACAGUGGCCUGAUAUCUAGAAAGCCUUGCUUUGACUUUUUAUAUCUUAAGCAACACUUAAAAAAGCAAACAAACAUGAACUAUAGUUUUUUUAGCAAGUGUUUUUCUGUUAGCAGCAUCAUCAGAAAGGAGAAGGGAGACAUGGAUUUACAUUGCGACUGGCCGGCUCAGUACCUCCCUGCCUGCUUCUGCUUCUUUAUUUAGGCCACGGAACCUUCAAGGGCUUUUUGUAGAGGCUGGAUGUAUGCUGCUGAGCACGCAUUCACUUCUCCCAAUGCCACAUUUAAUUAUGGCUUUUCUAUCAUUUCAGUUCCGUGUGUUUUUUAAGUUGUUUUCGCCUACAAUGCUGUUUGACUUGUCUAUCAUGAACUGUAAUAUUUUCAAUGGUUGCAGAUCAAAGUUAUUUAUUUAGAAGUGUACAAGAUAAGAAAUUUAGAUUCCUUAUACUGAAGGCUGAUUUUAUUAGAAGAUUAUUUUAAUGUCUUAUAAAUUUUAAGAAUUUGUAAUCGAAUUGUAUGUAAAAUAGUAACACUUCCCAUGGUACUGUCCAACGCAGUUCUAUGAACAUCACUUGGGAAUUUCUGUAGGGUCUCCUUGUCACAGACAAACCCCUUCUGCUUCUGCCCUUGUCAUUUCCAGUUGCAGGAAUUUGACAAUCCUUCUCCUGAGAGAAGUUAGAGUUGCCCUCCUCCUCACACCCUUGGGUCAAGGUCAGAGACCCCAAUAAUCUCCCCAUGCGUCCCCUCACAGGAUCUGACCUGACACCCGCGGGGCCCUGCAGGGCCUCCCCUUCCAGGGACAGCAAGGAGCCUGGGGCACCCUGAUGUCUCCCUCAAAGGAGGUGUGAAAUCUCACCUAGAAAAUGAUGGCAACUCUUAGAAAUGUAAUCAUCAUUUAUUGCAUGACUUGGAGCAAUCCACCUGGUAAUGAAAGCACAUAAAGAACACAUCGGUUUACCAAAAUAUAAUUUCUUCUCUCAUUUCAAAGCACUGUCAACUAUUUCUACCUAGUCUUCCUUAAGAACUGUAUUGGAGGGCAUCAAAUCGAGCUUGUGAUUUAAAAUCUCCACCAACCAAGUGUCUCAGAGACUUUAUUUGAACCCUGAGUGUAAAAGAAAAGCAAAAUGACUUCAGUAAUGGUCCAGGCCCCCGGAGGAGCCAUCUGUUUGGGAAGUCUCCGUGGGUCCCUAAGUAAAGCCUCCUUCA